AGUGCCUCUUCGUUUUCCUUUUUAUCCUCUCGUACUCUUGGAUCCUCUUCUCUCUUUCCUCCUCCUCUUCCUCCUCCUCUCUGUCUCUCUUUUAUUUUCGACCUUUGUCCAGUAAAGGCCAUACUAGUUCCUUUGUGGCGCCUGUCACAUCGCAUCUGCCAUCUGCUGUUGUUCAUACGGUGUUUAGGGCUUCUCGACUGACCGAGCUCCCUUUUUGGACGGUGGGCUUCACAACUAUUCCUCCCAGGCCAGCUUUCCGGUUCCUGUUUCGUCUUAUCCAUCUAUAACUUCCUCCGCCUCUCGGGUGCACCGAAUCUGCAGCCAUCUUCCACAAAUCUCAAACUCUUUGUUUCUUUCUUUUUUUUUUUUCGGUGGUCGCCGGCCUGCCUCUUGCAACAUCGCAAUAUCGGAUAUCGCCGCCGGCAUUGACUCUCCUGUUCCGCUAUAUACUUGGCUCUCCUCAGAGUCCUCCCUAUAAUUUUAGCAGGGGAUCAACCCGACAUUAGACGGCAUUUUCUCAGAGCAGUCCUAUUGAUCAAAUACUCUGCUUCUCUCGCUGCGCAAUUCGACGUCAACCUCUCCCUACGCUCUGCGCCAGCACCAAUCGAUCUUUAUCCGCCACCACUACAGACUCUCAACAACCGCAGCCAUGGCAUCACACCCGACCCUCAAGACGACCUUCGCCGCGAGGAGCGAGGCGACGACGCAUCCUCUAACCUCUUAUCUGCUCAGGCUCAUGGACCUCAAGGCAUCCAACCUCUGCUUGAGCGCCGACGUGCCCACGGCGCGAGAGCUCCUUUACCUUGCUGACAAAAUCGGCCCCUCCAUCGUUGUGCUCAAGACACACUACGACAUGGUUUCUGGGUGGGAUUUCCACCCGGACACUGGCACUGGCGCCAAGCUGGCCUCGCUGGCCCGAAAACACGGCUUCCUCAUUUUCGAAGACCGCAAGUUCGGGGACAUUGGCCACACAGUUGAGCUGCAGUACACCAGCGGCUCGGCGCGCAUCAUCGACUGGGCCCACAUUGUCAACGUCAACAUGGUACCGGGCAAGGCGUCUGUGGCCUCUCUGGCCCAGGGUGCCAGGCGAUGGCUGGAGCGUUAUCCGUGCGAGGUCAAGACAUCCGUCACUGUUGGAACCCCUACCAUGGACCAGUUUGACGAUGCCGAAGAUGCCAAAGAUGAUGAGCCUGUUACGGUCAACGGCAAUGGAUCCAACAUGAUGGAGAAGCCUAUAUACGCCGGCCGCAAUGGCGACGGCCGCAAGGGAAGCAUCGUUUCCAUCACUACUGUUACUCAGCAGUACGAAUCCGCCGCCUCGCCGCGACUAGGAAAGACAAUCGCAGAGGGAGAUGAGUCACUAUUUCCAGGAAUCGAAGAGGCGCCGCUGAACCGUGGUCUCCUCAUCCUCGCCCAGAUGUCCAGCGAAGGCAACUUUAUGACUGGGGAAUACACCCAAGCUUGCGUCGAGGCAGCUCGGGAACACAAGGACUUUGUUAUGGGCUUCAUCUCACAAGAGGCGCUGAACACACAGCCAGACGACGACUUUAUCCACAUGACCCCAGGCUGCCAGCUUCCUCCCGAAGACGAAGAUCAGCAGACAAACGGCAAGGUGGGAGGAGAUGGCCAAGGCCAGCAGUACAACACGCCGCACAAGAUUAUUGGCAUCGCCGGCAGCGACAUUGCCAUUGUGGGCAGAGGCAUUCUGAAGGCUUCUGAUCCCGUCGAAGAGGCAGAACGUUACCGGUCAGCGGCAUGGAAAGCUUACACAGAGAGGUUGCUGCGAUAAGAAAAAAAGAAGAAGCGGAGCUGGAAGAGGCUCCUAUCUAAUGCCCGCAUCAUAGAAUGCAAUGUAUUUAGGCGAACUCUUUUUCAUGUUCUUCUCCUUUUUUAUUCACUUUUGAUUUAGGGAGGCCGUCUGCUAGCCAAGACGCUACCCAGUUUACGUUGAUGUUAUUGCAUGCACAAAGGUGGAGGCGAACUGCACAUUGGGGCUCACUGGUCCGUUACAUGGUGGAUCUGGAUUUUCGGAUUUUGGUACGCUUUGCGAUUUAGGGAAACAAACGCUAGGGCUUGUAGGGAAUUUUUAGGAUCAAAUAUCAAAAUGAUUUAUUCCUUUUGUUUGAAAAAAAGAAGAAGAGA